AUGGAGCCGGCUCCCGUCUUUCGCACUCCGCGCAAGCGGGUCGCCUACUACUACGACCAUGACGUCGGCAACUUUAGCUACGGUCUCGGACAUCCAAUGAAGCCGCAUCGUAUGCGCAUGACGCACAAUCUCGUCACCAACUAUGGUCUGCACAAAAAGAUGGACAUCCUCCGUCCCAAGCGAGCCACUCGCGACCAGAUGACGCGCUUCCACACUGAUGAGUACGUCGACUUUCUUCACCGCGUCACGCCUGAAACCGUUCACGAGCUCACCAACGAAGGUACUCGCUACCUCAUCGGCGAAGAUUGCCCUGCUUUUGACGGUCUGUACGAGUUCUGUUCGAUCUCAGCCGGCGGAUCGCUUGCUGCUGCUACUCGUCUCAAUUCAGGCGAAUCGGAUGUGGCUAUCAAUUGGGCAGGCGGUCUGCAUCACGCCAAGAAGAGAGAGGCGAGUGGUUUCUGCUACGUCAACGACAUCGUCCUUGCCAUCCUCGAGCUGCUCCGAGUCCACCUGCGCGUCCUCUACAUCGACAUUGACAUCCACCACGGGGACGGCGUCGAAGAGGCCUUCUACACCACCGACCGUGUCAUGACUGCCAGCUUCCACAAAUUCGGCGACUUCUUCCCCGGUACCGGUGACGUCCGCGAUAUCGGGAUGAAGAAAGGCAAAAACUACUGCGUCAACGUUCCGCUCCGCGACGGUAUUGGCGAUCUCGAGUUCGGGAACAUCUUCCGUCCCAUCAUCUCUCACAUUAUGGAAUGGUAUCGUCCCGGUGCCGUGGUUCUGCAGUGCGGCGCUGAUUCGCUGGCGGGCGACAAGCUGGGCUGCUUCAAUCUUUCCAUGCGCGGACAUGCCGAGUGCGUCGCGUUCAUGCAGACCUUCGAUGUGCCACUUAUCACGCUUGGUGGAGGAGGAUAUACGGUGCGCAACGUCGCACGCACAUGGACCUACGAGACGGGUCUGCUCGUUGGUCAGAAGCUCGACGAAGACCUGCCCUUCAACGACUAUAUCCAGUACUUUGGCCCCGAAUACAAGCUCGAGGUGCCACCCACAUCGAUGGACAACCUCAACUCGCGCGAGUAUCUCGACAAUCUUCGCACCAAGAUCAUCGACAACUUGCGCAACCUUCCGUCGGCGCCCGGCGUGCAGAUGCAGGAGACGCCGCGCACCACGCUCAAUCCCGCGGAUGUCGAGAUGUCGGAUGGCGAGGAUUCGGAUCUGGACGAGCGGAUUUCGCAGCAUCUACGCGACGCACAUGUGCAGCAUUGGGAUGACGAGCUGUCUGGCGACGAAGCUCAGGUGGAUGGUGAGCGUUUGGAAUCCGUUUGGGCCAUGGCGACGGAUAGAAGCAGUGGCGCAUCGAAUGGCAGGAGUCGACCGGGCAUCAUGGAUCCAUUGAAGCCUUACGAGCACGAUUUGGGUCUCAAGUACAUCUCGCACAAUGGCGUAGCAGCAGCCAAAGGUAAGCCAAGAGCGAAACGCACAUUCUUCGCUGCACGAGCUGCCAAACCUGGCCUCGCCGAUCUGCAUCUAGACGAUGACGACGAGCAAGACGACGACGAGCAACGUCACCACAUUGCGAGUCAGUUCGGGGGCAGGCGUACCAGGGCGUUUUUCGCAGCGAAUCAAGGCAGCACGCGUUUGCCACGCGAUGCUACGCCCUUGAGUGACGUUGACAUUGGCUCGCCUGCUUUGUCCGCUGCCGCCGUCGCUUCCACCAACGGUCAAGCUCGAAGUGCUGUCAACGGUCGCAGGUAG